UUUUAAUACAAUACAACUGUAUAUAACCGAAAAUUAUUGCCAUCAUUUCUUUAAUUUCUUUUUCUGAUUUCUGCUCUAUUUUUCUCCAUGGACACAGAAUCAGUAAUGGAGUUUCUAGGUGGAGUUCCUUUGCUUCAGAGACUCCCUAGCUCUUCUCUUAUUAAAAUUUCACAACUCGUUCAAUUUAAACACUACGAAAAAGGAGAGUACGUUGCUCGCGCAGGAGAGAUUGCUCAGGGAAUCUAUUUCAUUUGGGAAGGAGAGGCAGAAGUAUCAGGAUCAGUUCAUGCUGAAGAUGAGUCUCGUCCCGAGUUUCUAUUGAAACGCUUUGAUUACUUUGGUGAUGGUAUCAUCACAUCUGUUCAGCAGGCGGAUGUUAUUGCUUUAACUAAGCUGACCUGUUUAGUGCUGCCUCAAGAACAUUGUUCUUUGCUUAGGCCUAAAUCAAUGUGGAGUGCUGAUAAAACUCCUGAUUCUUGCACCCUUGUCGAGAGCAUAUUGCAUUUGGAUCCAAUUGAAGUCAAUAUAUUCCAGGGGAUUACUUUACCGGAUGCCCCAAAAUUUGGAAAGGUCUUUGGUGGACAAUUUGUUGGUCAGGCACUGGCUGCGGCUUCAAAAACUGUUGAUUGCCUUAAAAUUGUUCAUAGCAUGCACUGUUAUUUUCUUCUUGCUGGAGAUUUCAACAUGCCGAUUUUAUAUGAAGUUGAGCGUGUACGUGAUGGGAAAAGCUUCGCUACUCGAAGAGUUAAUGCAAUACAAAAAGGGAAUGUUGUAUUUAUACUAAUCGCUUCAUUUCAGAAAGAUGAACAAGGGUUUGAACAUCAAGAUAUAACAAUGCCAAAUGUUCCAGAACCAGAGAUGCUACUGUCAAUGGAGGAACUGCGUCAAAGACGUCUAACUGAUCCCCGUCUUCCAAUGACCUAUCGGAACAAGGUGGCUGCCAAAGAUUUUGUUCCUUGGCCCAUAGAGAUAAGGUUUUGUGAGCCAAACAGUAACACCAAUCAGACAAAAUCUCCUCCCAGUGUAAGGUUCUGGUUUAGAGCUCGAGGAAAACUGUCAGAUGACCAGGCUUUGCAUAGAUGUGUAGCAGCGUAUGCUUCAGAUCUCAUAUUUCUUCAAGUUAGUAUGAACCCCCAUAGAUCCAAGGGUUUGAAAACAGCUAAUGUUAGUCUAGACCACGCGAUGUGGUUCCACCGACCUUUUAGAGCUGAUGACUGGAUAUUGUUUGUGAUUACAAGUCCCGCAGCCUCGCAUGCCCGUGGAUUUGUAUCGGGCCAAAUGUUUAGCAGAAAGGGAGAGCAUAUUGUAUCAUUGACUCAAGAGGGUCUUCUUAGGAAGGUUUCAGAACCAAAACCAGCCCCUGUCUCGAAGCUUUGAAUUUUGAAAUCGUGAUGUAAAAUCUAGAUUACGUAUAUUCUUUCGUCGUAUAUCAUAGUGUAUUUAUAAUGGUGCUACUAAAAAUCUCUAUAGCAACUUCCAUUGAAAUGUUUUUUAGUCACGAAA